CUGGUGCUGCUGGUUAACUUGGGAAUAACCUCGGCUGAGAGGGAACCUCGGCCCUCGAAUGCGUUUCGUAGUGCAGGCAUGUAAACACGGUUCCAGAAGAAAAAUAUGAAUGGAUUCUUUCAGAUCAAUCCAUACUACAAUGAUAUUAAACAAGAGAUUGUGCCCCCAUACACGGCAGCAAGUGCCUCUGCCACAACCGCUUUACCACAAGCAAUCCAAACCGUGCUUCCGCAUCCACCAGGAAACAAUAACAGUGACGAGAGUACCAUAAACAUUCAGCAAUCGCUGUCGAAAAGCCAACGAAGGUUUCUGCACGAGAGUCCCGAGGCUCGUGCUAAGCGGCUGGCCCGAAACGCUGAGCGUAUGCGACAAAAACGCGCAGCAGAAUCAGAAGAAGAGUACCGCAAACGCAUGGCUCAGAACGCCGAACGGAUGAGGAAAAAACGGGCCGCAGAAACGGAAGAGGAGUACCGAAGGCGAAUGCUGCGAAAUUCCGAGAGCAAAGUCAGCGAGGAGUAUCGGAUCCGUUUAGCCAAAAACGCGGAGCGUAAUAGACGGCGACGGCAAAACGAGACUGAACUAGAACGUAGUUUACGGCGAGCACGCAGUGCUGCUCGAGAACGGCUCCGGCGAGCAAUGGAAACGCCGGAACAGCGGAAUAUACGGCUAGCCAAGCUGGCCGAAAGAAUGCGCUAUUCCCGGGCGAACGAAACACCCGAUCAACGUGCACUACGGUUGGCAAAAAAUGCUGCUAAAGCAAAGGAAAGAUUACUGAAUGAAUCCCCGGAACAGUGGAUUGAGCGAAAGCGUAAAAAGGCGGAAUAUGCUCGACAAAAACGAAGUGCCGUGGCUACUACAACCAAUCCGGGGCUUUCGACUGCUUGCAACUCUUCUAGUAGCAACGCCAGCUCCACCAGUUUGAGCGUUCCAUCGAGCACCGGUGAUGCCGCGAGUUUCUGCCAAACGACAACCACAUCAUACAAUCUGGACCUCAAUGCACCUAUGGUAACGGUUCCGACGACGGUCGAUCUGAAAGAUAUCAAACUUAUGUCACCGCAUAAACCGGGACACAUGCUUCAACUACCAGAGCAACUGUAUGCUACACCACACAUCCCAUUUAACGGAACCGAUUUGAAACCGCCAGAAUUUUUGACCAACAGUCAACCAGGAUCGAACGUGGCCCAGUCUGAACUGUACAAGUUCCACAUACUUCCCUACACUUUUUCUCCAACGGCGGGGGCUGUGCACCCGAUGCAAGCAGAUUAUAAGAGUAAAUAAUAGGCAAAUAGGAUCAGUAACAUGUGUUGUUUGAUCCCGAGAAUAGUUGAGCUAUUGCACAAAUUCAAUCAUUUGCGUAUAAUUAGCGUUGUGCAUAUGGUAAUGAGAACUCAUGAUAUCAUGCACAGCUGUCUUAGAUUCAUCUAGAGCGUACCAGUUCCCGCUUUUAUCAUUUGAUUUUUUUCUAUUUUCGUUUCUCCGAGUCCCUUAUGAUACAAAUAUAAAUGACGAAAAAUUGUUAGCUAAGACGGGAUAUUCUUCAUUCCAGAAACAAAUCAAGCAUCCUGCAUAAAGCGCAUACAUCUGAUGAAUGAAAACAACAUCAAAACGGAGAGAGCAAAACAGGGUUGCAAUUUUUGCUCUGUAACUUCUAUAACCAUUUAUAGUCCUCCACGGAAAACAAUUUUAGGGUAUUGCGUUCGAAUGAAACAUAUGUAUAUCAAUUAUGCUAGUCAUUUUCAUCAUAAAAGUUUGAAUAA